AACCUAGACGAUAUCAAGCAGACAUGGCAAGAAAUGAAGUUCCACCUGUCUGCAUACACUAAAUGCAAGAAAGAGCCACUCCAAAUUCUUACGGGGCUAGAAGAACCCCAGCAAAGCAUGGAAGACCACAUGGUGAUGCUGCAGUCUAUAGGGGGAAGCCGGUUUGCCACGCCAUUUCUUUCUAUAGUGAGAGAUUGGGAGCGAGAUCUUACUAUUACAUGGAUAAUUGUGCAACAGAAAUGGAUGUAUCUCGAAGCGAUUUUCACUGCCGGGGACAUCAGCAAACAACUUCCCCAAGAAGCUGCCAGAUUCGAAGGUAUUGAUAGGUCCUUCCGAAAGAUGAUGCGAGCUGCUCAAGAGGUGCAAUACGUGAUGAAAUGCUGUCUGGCUGACAAACGUCUUGAUGACUUGCGUAACCUUGAACAAGAGCUGGAAAUAUGUCAGAAGGCGCUAAAUGACUACCUGGAGGCUAAACGAAACGCCUUUCCUCGCUUCUUCUUUAUCUCGUCUGAUGAGAUGCUCAGUAUUCUCGGUGGAAAGGAGCUAUCGCUUAUCCAGGAGCAUAUCAUCAAAGUAAAUAUUCAUACUUGUUUAUUGAUUGAUUCUUCGUUUUAUUAA